AACUCAUUAGCUUGUGCCUUAUGGUUUAUGGGAUGUGCACUGUACCCUUGAAAAGCCUAAAAAGGUCACCGACUCACCGUUUCAUAGCCUGUCAAGGGGCCGAAGCCAUUUCCGUGUAUCACACUCUUAUUAAGGCCCAAAAAGAGCAUAUUUUCCUUUCAAGAAAUUGCUGAUUCCUCAGGCCUCUCUCUUCUUUUCGUUAUUAUUACACUGCUAGUUCUCAGUUUUCACUCACCAACUGAGCUUGAGAGAGAGAGAGAGGGCGGAGUUCUUGUUAAAGAGCUAAGUGAGUGCAAACCUUUUUUUUCUUCUUUUUUUUUUUCUGGGUAGAGGAAAAGAGAGGGAGGCUUUGAAAUCUUUUGCACAGAAGGAGAAAGGUUACACCAUGAGAAAGAAGAUAUGGAUUUUACUGUGUCUUUUGUUCCUGGAAUGCUUUCUGGUGUUGGGAGUGGAGGCAAUGGUGCAAGAGAAGGCAGAAGCAACAAUUCCAGUGACAACAUUAUCACCUCCAGAAGGCAACACGACAUUCCUUGGGGGCACCACAUGGUGCGUGGCUCUUGCAGGUGUGUCUCAAAUUGAUCUGCAGAAUGCAUUAGACUGGGCCUGUGGGCUAGGCAUGGCAGAUUGCUCUGCAAUCCAGGAGGGUGGAUCCUGUUUUGAACCUGACACUCUGCUUUCUCAUGCCUCUUACGCUUUCAACAACUAUUACCAGCAAAAUGGCAAUUCUGAUGUUGCUUGCAAUUUUGGAGGAACUGGCAGCUUAACCAAAACUAACCCUAGUUAUGGAAAAUGCAACUACGCUGCAUCUGGAUUGGGAUUUCUUCACUCGUCAGCACCUCCAUUGUCCAAGUGCAUACGAAAAAUUGUAUGGUGGAAGUUUCUUGGGAUUUUGCUGCUUUUGUACUUGAGAAGCUGAUUAAACGAUCAGGACUUGUGGAUGAAGCUGGAUGAUGAUGAUUAUGGUGUUUCCAAUUCUUGUCAUGGAAAUGAAAAUGCACAAGAAUUAGGGCUUAGUUAAUUAAGAGGAAGAUCUUCUUUUUCUAUAUUGGCUGAUCUAGAUCAAUCUUUUUUUUUUUUUUGUUUGGUAAUUGGAAUCGCUGAAUCAUACCCAUAGCUACCUUAGUUUUGUGGGUUUGGAAUAUAUGGUUUUGCAAUCAAAUCCUACUUUUUGUCUCCCUAAUGCUUUUUUUCAAUUAUAUGUUAGCUAUUUUAGCUUUCAUGGGAUGAUCUUAUUUUGGUUGGUUGGUUUGACUCAGAGCAUGA